AUGUCGAUCACGUUCGGUGCCGUCGGCGACAUCAUUUCGGUUGCUUUGUUGGCGAAAGAUCUCAUCGCGACGCUCGACGAGGCUCGUGGGUCCAAAGCUGAAUACCGCGAUGUUGUCCAGGCUAUCAACAAUCUGAACGAUGUCAUCGACACAGUGAAUACAUAUGUCAUCCAACCGGGACUUAUCACACCAGAUGCACUCCUAAGCGUUAAUCGAAAAGAAAUGAACGACAAGCUCGAUGGGGCUCGGCUAAAAGACGAUAUUACCAUUACUUCACAAAACGCGGCGCUUAAUGACAUCAAAGAUGGCAUGAGAACUGCCAACAUGAACAUCGAGGCUGGGAAUUCCAUGUUAACCAAGGUUUCGGAAGCACUCAAGUUCGAUUGGAUUCGUCAGUUGGGCUCCGAGAUCAAAGGCAAGAUGCAAAGUGUGAUGGUGAUCAACUUUGCGAUCUACGAUGCCAUCACCCGCUUGCAAGAAACCCUCCCCAGGUACCUGGAGCGAGGCAUUUCGGAAGAAUUGAUAACGCUGGAAGACCCCAUUGGCCGUGUCGCACCUUUCUCUUUGCAAUGGAUUACCUCUUGGGAUGCUUUCCAUUCCGCACUUGAGCUGCGUUUCCAGGACAUGCCAGGCCAGAGCAAGAUGAGAAGGCGGCAGUACGCCUUGCAAGCCAGCGGUACGGGAAGAGAGAUCGAAUUGUCGCGUCCGUGGCACGUAGCUUUUAGACCCGGUCAGCGAAUUGACAUGAGUUUCAUCUUCAAUCAAGAUGCUGGUAGCGACAGCAAUAGCACCACCUGCCCAGGAUGCCAUACCCAAUCGAACUAUUCCAGCGAUGCUGAGAUAGAAUGCAUGAAAUGUCAGAUUCGGUUCCGCAGGAUAACCACGGUUCAAGAUGAUGAACUUCCGCUGCAAGCCACAUCCUCGUCACGAAAUCGGCCCAACAACGGGCCAAUAUUUCCACUCAAAGCCGUCUUCACUGCAGACCAGGAACAGGGCUCAUACGUUGAUGCAGAGCACGGAGAAGAGGACAUUGCAAGCUUCAAGAAGCUUCUUGGUGUUCAGAAUGAAGCUAAGACAGAAGAGGGCAAGGCAAGGAGGAAAACCGAAUUGGGCAUGCUCGACCGUCUCGAGAGUCUCCUCAUUUCUCAACAAGAGGCCAAGAUGGAGAAGGAGAAAGCUGAGAAGCAAAUGGCAGAGGAGAGCAGGAGGGAAGCCGAGUCAGCAAAGUUCGACCGUCUAGAGCAACUUCUUAUCGAUCAACAAGAACGCAAGAUAGCGAAAGAGAAGGCAAUUAAAGAGGCGGCUAAGAAGGCUGCACAGGAAGCUCUUGAGGCAAAGAUAAGGGGCGACGAGGAUAAGCUUGCCAAGCUCGAGAGCCUUAUCCUUGCUCAGAAGGAAGAGCAACGCAAGCGGGAGCGGGAUGCGGAUGAAGCAAGAGAUAUGUGGUUGAAAUCGAUGUAA